CAACAACUACAACAGCAAUUGCAACAACAGCAGCAGCAACAACAGCAACAAAUUAUUAAAAGAUCACAUGGAAAAAAACUAACACAACCGCCCAGUAUUUUUGCAACAUCAACAGCAACAAAUUCCAAUUGCACGAAUGGUAACAACAACAUCAACAACAUGCCUAACAGCUCCACCAAUAAUAUCAAUAAUGGCAAUAAUAACAACAACAUGGACAGCAGCAAUGUCAAUAACAGUAUCAACAAUAAUAAUAAUAACAGCAUCAGCAACUUCAACAAUCAAGAAAUUUCACAUUUUAUUGCCAACUCCCCCACUGCAGCAACAUACGUCCAAGCUCAAUUGAACGGUCUCAACAUUGAAGCGGCGGACAAUGCGGCAGCUGCCAAUGCCAUACCGAUCGUUACCUAUAACGGCAAUCAAUAUUGCGUAAUAACUCGGAGCGGCGGCGUCAUUGAACCAAACCUCACCGAGAAACCGGAAUUGCUACACUUUCGUGGACAACUGACCACCACAAUUGACAAGCAGGGCAAAGCCAAUUUCAUUCUGAUGUCGCCACUGCAAAUGCAAACCGAAGCGGAAAAUCCAAACUGAAGUGUGACAAUGAUCGCCAUCGCCAUCGACAUCGCCAUCUCGAUCUCGAUCUCGAUUGACUACGAGGUGAUCGUCAUGCUCAUAACCGAUUAUAGCUAUAAGCGAAGGUGUUAAGUGACUGGAAAAUUAAAUUUCAUACAAAUUUGAAAUUGAAAAUUGUUAAGGUAAUUUAAGUAGUUUAAUGGGAACCUUAGCGUUGAGAUUGGUGUGUGUACAUGUAGUCGGAAUCACGGUGUAGGGAUUGGUUGAGGCCAACUAUUUUAAAUAGAAUGGUACAAUAGUAGAGUGUUUCUCAAAGUGGAGCAAUUUUAAGAAAGCCGAUUUCAAACUAUAUAUAAGUUGAUAUUGUUAACUUUAGAACGACGUUGAACAAGAGAUCUUGACGUUUAAGAAUUUCUCGAAUUAAUAUAGCAGUGUAGCAAAUAAAAAAAAAAAAGAUUGUUUAUGGGAAAGGAAAAGGAUGUAGUUCGUCUUUCGUCGCUUAAAAGGGGAUGGUAAUCUCACCAGGCACAAAUUGCUAUUUGACCAAGAAGUAACUUAAAUAAAA